CUCCCUCGCACUUUGAACCCUUCUCCCUUCCCGGCUCGACUUCUUCACCGUUUCAUUCUCUCCCUCUCCUCCUAAAUCCGACCCCUCCGGCGAUGCUUUCGCCCGCGGGAUGCCAGCCCAUGGCCGGAGCCAACUCUGAAUCCGGUUCGGUUCCCUCAUCCGAACCUGAACGGCUCUCUCUUCAACUCUGGUUGCCGGAUUCCUCCGUAUGCGUCGGCGGAGAAGUUCAUCCGUUGCCGCUCGAGGUCCGCGAGCCAAACCGGCGGCGGAGGAUGAAAUUGACGAGUUCUCUCGAACUCUCCGGAGAGAGGUGUCUGAGGAGAUCGCCAAGGUUCAGUUGUAAAUCUCCGGCGGAGGCUGGCGUCUCUCCGGCGAAUCCCGGUGGUGGUAAGCGGCUGCUGAUGCUGACAGACGGUGUCUCGGUUCGGAGAUCACCGAGACUCGCGUCGAUUAGGGGAAAAAUCGACAAUGGAGGUACGCCUCCGGUCGUCGGAAGAGUUGGAUCGAAGAUGACAGAGGGUAAUGCUAAUAAUUCCGCUCCUGCCAAGAGGGACAGCUCGGAUUCUCGAGGAAUGACUUUCAAAGAUAUAGCUGCACUUGCCAUUGGCUUGGAGGACAGCAUUUUGGAAAGUGGAGUUGAAUGCAAAAAUGUUGAGGGUGGAUCAAGACUGCGGUAUUCGUCCAAGCCUUUACUUCUCAAAUGGAAAGAUGAUAAUGACAGUGUCAAUAAACCGUUGAGGAGGUCCCCGAGAUUCACCAAAGUAAUGGGGAAUGGUGAGAGGGAAGAACAUGUGGCAACAUCUAAAGAAAAGCGGAAGACUAUGUCUGAAAUGGAGAAUGGUAAGAGGGAAGAACAUGUAGGAACAUCUAAAACCCAAAUGAAAACUAUUUCUAGUGACAAGCCAUGCCGAAGAUCUCCGAGGUUAUCUGGAAAUGUUGAAAAUGGCUGUGCAGAAACUUUGAACAUAAUGAAUAAUCAUGGUUCAAAAUUACGCGUUAAGCUGAUAAGAGGAGCUGAGAAGACGGAGAAAAUUAGCAGGAAAAAUGGUUUUGAUGAAGAUAUGCUGAAUUAUGAAGAUGUUGCCUUUGUUUCUUCUAAGCAAAACGUGACAGUUUCGGAUUUGAGUUACACCAAGCUAAUUGGAGAUGCCGGAACUGUAGGAAAUUCUACAUUUUCUGAGUUAAAUACUGCAGAAACUCGUCUAGCCACCUUCAAGACCGAUGAAAAUGGAUAUAAGAAGACAUUUUUAAACUGUGAUCUCAAUUUGCCUGUGGAACAGGAGAUGGAGGGGUGUUCACUCCUUGAUAAAACACUCGACCACUGUUCUUCUGAUAAGGAAUUACAAGAGGAGUCGCGUACAAGAUUUACUGUGGUUGAACCCUCUAACUGCGACGAGCAGCCAGCCAAGAAGGUCAAGAUCUCAUCGGAAAACUCCCAUGUGAAUAUUUCUGAUGGAGAUAUUUCGAAACAAGCUGCAAGUGCUGCUACCAAUUGCACUGAGGCAAAUGGAGACCACAUAUUUCUGAAUUUGAAUCAGCCACCAAAGCUAACCCAGGUAAAUCCCAAAAAGGCGACAUGGGUUGCUGUCCUUGAGCAGGAAGGGAAGCUUGAACAUAGUACUUGGUUCUUCAUCGGAGAGCCAAUACCCUUCGAGGAGGCCCUAGAGAGAUGGCGUUGGAGAUAUGAUCUCAAGAAAAGCAAAUCUAGGAGCAGAGGUCAACAGUUAAAUGAUGAUGAUGAAGAUGAGAUUGUUGCAAGUGUGGAAUGCCAUUAUUCUCAAGCAAAUGUCAAUGGGAGGACUUUUAGCCUCGGAGACUUUGCAUACAUAAGGGGUGAAGAACAGAAACAUGUGGGCAAGAUAAUAGAAUUCUUCAAGACAACAGAUGGAGAAGGUUACUUUCGAGUUCAGUGGUUUUACAGAGCAGAGGAUACAGUAAUGAAACAACAGGCCGCUGCUCAUGACGAAAGGCGUCUAUUCUAUUCCACUGUAAUGAAUGACAAUCCGAUAGAUUGUAUUAUUUCAAACGUUAGCAUUUCACAAGUUUCACCACGGGCAGGACGGAACCCCAGUUCCAUACAAUCUGACUUCUAUUUUGAUAUGGAGUACUGUGUGGAGUAUUCAACAUUUCGAACCUUGAGAAACAAUAAUUCUUCCGAGAACGAUAAUAUGCUGUUAUUGCCUCACAUCAAAGCAGCUCCUAAAACAUCCACGGAUGGUCUUUUGGUAAAUGAACAUCAAAGCAGAGAGCUUACCCUGCUAGAUCUUUACUCUGGAUGUGGCGGAAUGUCAACUGGGUUAUGUCUCGGUGCCAAGAUUUCUGGUGUUGGUGUCAUCACGAAAUGGGCUGUUGAUCUGGAAUUGUCUGCCUGCCAAAGUCUGAAGUUGAAUCAUCCAGAAACACAGGUUAGAAAUGAUGCUGCUGGAGACUUCCUCCAACUUCUGAAAGAAUGGGAUAAGUUAUGCAAGCUCUAUGCAUUCGACAAUGAACAGAGAGCUCAUAAAUCAAGAUCUAUGGUCUCGGAAGUAGAAACCAGUGAAUCUAGUUCUUCUAGUGACUAUGAUUCAGAAUCUGACGAGUUUGAAGUUGAAAAACUGGUUGAUAUAUGCUAUGGUGAUCCCGGCAAAACCGGAAAAGCUGGUCUAAAAUUUAAGGUGCACUGGAGAGGAUACAGCUGCAGUGAAGAUUCUUGGGAGCCAGCUGAGAAUUUGAGCACCUGUCAGGAUUCCAUUCGGGAGUUUGUAAGGAAUGGGCUCAAAUCAAAGAUCCUGCCACGUCCUGGCGAUGUAGAUGUGAUUUGUGGGGGCCCUCCUUGCCAAGGCAUUAGUGGCUACAAUCGCUUCAGGAAUGUUGAUUCUCCAUUGAAUGAUGAAAAGAAUCAGCAAAUUAUAGUUUUUAUGGACAUAGUGGAGUUCUUGAAACCGAAGUUCGUAUUGAUGGAAAAUGUUGUUGAUAUUCUGCGGCUUGACAAGGCUUCUCUCGGAAGAUAUGCUUUGAGCCGUCUUGUGAACACGAGAUACCAAGCAAGACUCGGUAUCAUGGCGGCUGGUUGCUAUGGUCUUGCUCAGUUUCGGUUGCGAGUUUUUCUGUGGGGGGCUCAUCCAAACGAGAUCCUACCCCAAUUUCCACUCCCGAGCCAUGAUGUUAUUGUUAGAUAUUGGUCUCCUCCUGAGUUUGAGCGCAAUGUUGUUGCUUAUGAUGAAGGCCAGCCCAGGGAACUGGAAAAAGCCCUUGUUCUACAAGAUGCAAUAUCUGAUCUUCCUCCUGUGUCAAACGAUGAAUCGUGCGAGAAAAUUUCCUAUGGAAGUCUCCCGGAGACGGAUUUCCAGAGAUACAUUAGAUCAACAAAACAUGAGAUGACAGGUUCCGAAGCCGAUGGCUGUACAAAAAGGACAAUGAUGCUGCAUGAUCACCGGCCGUAUAAUCUGAAUAAAGAUGACUGGACUCGAGUUUGUCAGAUUCCAAAGAGGAAGGGAGCUAACUUCAGGGAUCUUCCGGGUAUAAUCAUCAGACAGGAUGGCACAGUCCGCCGUGAUCCAUCGAUGAUGCCGGUUGUUCUGCCAUCAGGAAAACCAUUGAUUCCGGACUAUGUCUUUACGUUUGAGCAAGGGAAAUCUAAACGGCCAUUUGCUCGUCUAUGGUGGGACGAGACAGUUCCAACUGUCCUGACAUUCCCAAGCUGCCGCAACCAGGCAUCAUUGCAUCCGGAGCAAGAUCGGAUGUUAACCAUACGGGAAUAUGCGAGGCUUCAAGGUUUCCCUGAUUACUACAGGUUCUGCGGGACAACCAAAGAGAGAUAUUGCCAGAUCGGGAACGCGGUGGCAGUAUCGGUUUCUCGUGCCUUAGGUUACACUCUCGGGAUGGCGUUUCGGGGUGUGGUAGGGGACGAGCCUUUGGUGAAACUUCCGCCGAAGUUUUCUCAUUCGAGUUACCUCGAGCUGCUAGAAACCACUCCCCAUUCUUAAGCACAAAGGGUUUAGAAAUCAGUUUCAAAUAAAAAAAAGAACCUAAGAUUCAUUCAUAGACCACAUUUUUUUCAACCUCCUCUGUUGGUUGGUUCUAUUUAGACUGUGCCUUGUUGGCCCCGACAUUAUAAUUUCUUCUGAUAAGUUGUAUUCUUAUAAAAUAUAAAUCAUCGGCAUUCAUGUCUUUUAUAUGUGAAGGACGUGACAAUUCACCUA